CAGAGAGCUGUUUAACACAGCUCAGGCAGCAAUUGGUACAGGGACAGCAAACCAGGCUGCAUCUGCUCAGCCCCAGUCACAAGCUCCCUGCAUCCUCCGUGUGUGUGCGAGUGUGUGUGUGAGUGUGUGUGUGUGUGCCCGCGCUAGACACAGGCAUCCGCUCCCAGCAUCUCGCUGUCUCCUGCAUCCUCCGGCAGCAAGCGCAGGGCUCUGGCUCCCCGGGUACCAGCCUCGCCGCUCCAUCCCCCGGCGGGGACCUGCCUGCGGGGUGCGGGAUGCGGUGAGCACCCGCCGCUGGAGAGGGGGUCGUGGCCAGAGGCAGCGGGGAUGGCCACCCUGUGGACUGCUCUGUAGGGCUCGCGUUCCCCAGACGGACCCUGACCCUGAGCCAUGGGGGUGCUAAUGUCCAGGCGUCAGACGGUGGAGAAGGUGCAGAAGGUCAGCUUGGCUGUGUCGGCCUUCAAGGACGGGCUGCGGGAGCAGCCAUCGACGCGGCGGCGGGCAGAGGCGGGGGGCACACGCCGGGGGACGCUGGAGCAGGCGGUGCAGGAGGGGGAGGAGGAGGCGUUGGCGGGACCUUCCCAACCGGAGGAGACCAGCGCCGGCAAGGCAGCCUGGGAACGGCUGCGGGACGGCCGGGGAGUGGAGCCGGAGGAGUUUGACCGAGCCAACAGGUUCACACCACCCGCCUUCAUCCGUCCCAAGCGUGAGCUGCACGAUGACGAGCCCCCAGACAUCAGCCUGGAGCAGCGGGAGCAGGUCCUCAACGACGAGAUGUGUGAGAUCUGUGAGGUGUGGACAGCCGAGAGCCUCUUCCCCUGCCGCGUCUGCAGCCGGGUGUACCACGACGGCUGCCUGCGCCGCAUGGGCUACCUGCAGAGUGACAGCGCCGUGGAGGUGACCGAGACGGCCCACACCGAGACGGGAUGGAGCUGCUACUACUGUGACAACCUCAAUCUCCUGCUGACGGAGGAAGAGAUGUACAGCCUGAUGGAGAACCUGCGGAACUGCAAGAUUAUUCCAGAGACCUGCCUGACCCUGGAUGACUUCCUGCACUACAAGCACCUGGUGCACAAGCAGCAGUUCGAGCAGCCCAUGGCCGAGGCACAGGAGGAGCAGGCAACCCUGCAGUUCUCCGCCCUGGACCCCGACAAGAAGGGGCACAUUGAGUGGCAGGACUUCCUGUCCCACGAGUCCAUCCAGCUGCUGCAGAAACUACGGCCACAGAACGCCCUGCUGCGGCUGCUGACGGCCAAGGAGCGGGAGCGGGCACGGGCAGCCUUCCUGGCCCUGGACCAGGACAGUGAUGGCUUCAUCGGGGAGGGAGAGUGCCGCCGGGCCCAGCACGGCUGGUUCCGCAAGCAUCAAAAGGAGACACCAUCUUGCAAUGUCAGCAUCAGCCACGUAGGGCCCAUGUCGGAGAGCAGCCCCGCCAGCAGCAGCAGCAGCAAGAGCCAGGAGAAGACCCUGCCAUCCACAGAGCAGGAGGAGGCCAGGCCCGUCGACUGGCCUGGCUUCCUGCGUGAGAACGUCGCCUACAUCCUGGCCGCCCGCCCCAACAGCGCGGCCCUCCACCUGCAGCCCCCUGCCUAGCCCCCGGCACUGCCAUCUUGAGCAGCGAGGCCUCCACCCCCCUGCUGGGACCCCCACACCGAUCGGGGAUGCCAUGGGGCAUGGGAGGCCUGGAACCAGUUGCCCUGACCGUCCCCCAGCCCCACGGCACCCAGACCCAGCGGGGACCCUUCCCUGGCAACCCCCAGACAGAGCAAGGCUUGCCCCCAAGGAGAAGCGGGGCUUGCUCUGGUCCUGGAGCUGGGUCUGGGUGGUUGUUAUGGUGUGAGAGAGGAGCCCAGGGCAGGCAAUGGGGGCAGCCAUGGCCCCCCCAACAUCCCAACCAGCCCUAGCAUCCUGACCACCCCCAGAAUCUCAAACACUCACCACAUCUGAACCACCCCCAGCAUCCCGACCACCCCCGGCAUCCAACCCCCCCCAGCAUCCCAACCACCCCCAGCAUCCCAGCCACCCCCUGCCUCCCAGCCACUUGCCACAUCCCAACCAUCCCCAGCAUCCCAAACACUCCCAGUGUCCCAAUCACACCC